AAGUCAAGUUUUAAGAUGGCACAAACAAGAAACAAGUCAAUAUUUGCAUGGUAACAAUCGAUAGAGUUUGAAACUCACAGAAAAUCAGGCAUGCUCUAACACGGGGUACAUCCUUGAAGUCGACAAAACACUCGCUUUGUUUACGUUUUCAGUUCACCUUCUCCAAAUGUAGUUCCCCUUUGCGGUAGCCAAAGAAAAUGUCAAAUAAACAAGUUCGGUCGGUAUCGAAAAGUUCGGCCGUCAAGCGAUGAAAAGAUAAGAUUUAGUAGUAACAACUAUCAUCUCCAUCUCCAUUCCACGAAGCUUCCAAAAGGAACUGUAGAUUAAGACCGACGCGUCAUCGAAGACAAAUGGCGUCAAAUGACUAGUCCUGUGUUUAUUCGAUCAGAAGCCCAGAACCCAUCGCACACACAGAUGGUUGCAAUUCCGAAACCGAUUAUUUGGGGCAACUGCAAGGUUUGCGGAGACAAUGGCACAGGAAAACACUACGGAGUCGUUGCUUGCGAAGGGUGCAAAGGUUUUUUUAAAAGGACCGUUCGAAAAAAUCUCAUCUAUACAUGCCGUGGAAGCAAUGACUGUUUUAUUGACAAGGUCCACAGAAAUCGCUGCCAGAAAUGUAGAUUUGUGAAAUGCUUGACUGCGGGGAUGAAGAAAGAAGCUGUACAAUGCGAAAGAAAACCAUUGGCAGCUUCACAGUUGGUUCGCCAGCAAGAAACACCCGUCAUUACAUCAACAGAGGAAAGAGAAGAUCGGGGCUAUGCUAGCGAGAGCAACUCCGAGCAGUCACUGUCCCCGCCCGCCGUCCGUAACAACCCCCGCCAGGAACACAGAGAGCAUGUCGCUGAAAUCCUUGUCCUUCAGACAGAAUUCAAAGUAAACGUCCCCUCCCUUGCUGGGGUCCAAGUGUUUUCCAUGGACUAUGUCUACGAAUUUGCUACAAGGCUGUUAUUUGUAUCCAUCGAUUGGACUCAAAGCAUCAGUGCGUUUCGGGCGCUUCACAAAUGUGACCAAAUAGCCCUCUUGUGCAAGACAUGGGCUGACAUAUUUUUGCUGGGUGUCGCUCAGUCUAUAUCUAAUUUUCCACUCUCUCCACUGCUGUCGCUAGCGGCGAAAGAUAUUCAACAGAGUGAGGCGCAGGACCCCAAGCCCCCGAAGAACAUUCCUGGACAAAAGAACACGUUCGAGAAGAUUAUUGCCAUUAAGGAUGUGAUGUUCAGCUUUGAAAAACUUAACCUAGACGCCACUGAGUUUGCGUACCUCAAAGCUGUGGUUCUCUUUAAUUCUUCAGAUCCGUACACCUGUGUUCAAGACCAGAAACAAGUAGACAAAUUGCAGGAACAGUCUCACUGCGGGCUCAAGUCGUACAUUGAUUCCAAAUACCCAAUAGGCAACUCGGGAAGAUUUGCUAAGAUUCUCCUCAGACUCCCCUCUCUACACCUGAUCGAUAGAUUUGAUGUGGAGGAGCUUUUCUUCGCUCCUCUUCUUGGUGGAGUCAAGAUCGAGAGUAUAAUGGAAAAGAUCAUACUGCGAUCUUCAACGUCGUCAUUUUAAAGUGUUUUAUGUAUUUUUUUAGAUUAUUAGGCCUCGUGAAAACAGCACAAGCAUUGCUUUCAAUGCUUGCACUGUUUCGCAUACAAUGUUUUGAGGUGUAGUUCAAUAGUUCGCCAACAUUCCGUUACCUUGUAGUUACCGGUGUCAGCAAUGCUGGCUGAUGAUGGCGCUGUUUGCACCGGGCUUUAUGUAAUUGAAUAUAAAUUGCUUUCAAUAUUUCACAUAAAAAAAUAAGUGUUACAUAAUCUUUUAGGGUGUAGUAGUUUUUUAUACAAUUUUUCUGAGGUAUUAUUUGUAUCAUCCAAAAGCGUGCAAGUUUCUUCAUUUGAAGGUUUUUUUGUUCGCUAGCAAAUCUUUUGCGAUAAUCAGAGUGUUAAUGUACAUUUGGAUUAGCAGUUGUUCAAAAAUUAUAACCAUAGAAUUUGAUCUUGUUUGUAAAAGUCUAUGAUCCUGAUUUUCAACAAAGAGUGUUUGGAUUGGUGCGUUUCUGAUUUUUUGGCGAAGUAUAACUAUUAUACUAGUGAAAUAUUCGCGCGCAAACUUUUUUUCGCACCGUUACUUGUUUUUUGUCGACUUCAUGAAACUUCAGCGGCUUACCUGAGUAAAGGUCUAGUACACGCGCGUACCGACUUUUUGGCCGCCAAGGGGGUGCGCGCGCACCCUGCGCAUGUUCCUUUCUAUUGCUAUUUCUGUGUUUUUAAAACCAGACGCCCAGAGAAUGGAAGAGUGGCAUUUUAUCGGCAAAUUUGUUUGGGAGUGAAAAAGUCCCCAAGUCGCUUCUCCAACAUUGUCGUUUCUCUUUUCAAAUGUAAGUAGUUAUUUGACUUGUUUGUAUGUAUAUAUUGUUAACAUCUAGUUAAAAACAAAUCUGUGAACAUGACCGUCAAUAAACAGCGCACUUGAACACAUAAA